UUCCCGCAUCAAUCAAAAAAUUUUUUCUUUUAAAAACUAAAAUAGAAUCACCUACAUAUUCCAAUAAAAGUUAUAUUCAAUGACAUUUCUUUUCCUGACCACCUGUAGUGAUACUAUUAAUUUAUAUAAGAAUCAUGCUACAUACAACACUACAUUUAGAAGUUUGCAUCAUCAAUCAACUCUAUUUCCCCAAAACUAAAAUUUUCACCUCAGAAAUGCAUAUGAUGAUUAAUUUAAGGAUGUCAAAUAUGCAGUAGCUGAUGGGAAGGUAAGCAAGCACUUUUUAAUAAUUUCAAAUUUAAUUUAACUUUUGCACUUAAUAAGAAAAUAAUUAGCUCUUUUAAAUCCAUUUUUUUUUGUCAUUAGCAGGGAUAUAAAAUUUUUAUAUCCUAGAGGCUCUUUGAAAAUCCUUCUUCUAGUGGCCAGUAAACCUCUAACAGAGAGAAUAAGGAGCUGGAAGAGAUAUAAGAUUUCAACUCAAGUGGCUGGCUUGAAUAUAAAGGAAAGGAACCCAACUGCUCUAAUGGAGAUUUAAAGCUUCAGGGGAAAGAGUAAAAUCAUGUGAAAAGCAAUAAAAAAGAUGGCCAAAUGAUUUAUUUCAUGGAAAAAAUUAUCUGCCAUCACGGAUGACAUGCUGUUGGUUACUUAUUCUCAUCACAAAUCUCUGCUCUGCCUUUGGUCACUUAACAUGGAGGGAAAAAAGCUGAAUUUGGAGAAACAACAAACAUGAAAGUUCCCAUCUUUGAGGAUUGCAAAGAUGAAAGUGAAGGAAACAAAUCUGGGGAAGAAGAUGCAGAAGAUGAAGAAGAAAAGGUAUUCCUUAAACCUGUCAUUGAAGACCGAAACAUGGAAUUGGCUAGAAAAUGUACCGAGUUAAUUAGUGAUAUCCAUUAUAGAGGAGAGUAUAAAAAGUCAAAGGACAAGUGUACAUUUGUACCUGACACCCCUCUGCUAAAUCAUGUAAAACAUAUAGGUGCUUUUAUUUCUGAGGCAAAGUACAAAGGCACUAUCAAAGCAGACCUUUCCAAUUCUCUAUAUAAGCAGAUGCCAGCCACAAUUGACAGUGUCUUUGCAAGAGAAGUUUCGCAACUUCAGAGUGAGGUUCUCUACAAACAAAAACAUGAUGCUGCAAAAGGAAUAUCAGACUAUUCACAUAUGAAAGAACCUCCCGAUGUAAUGCAUGCCAUGGAGACCAGUAAACAUCAAAGUAAUAUUUCUUACAGGAAGGAUACAGAGGACAAUCAUAAAUACAAUGCAGGGAUUGACAGAUCAGACAUCAAGAUGGCAACCCAAGUCUCCAAGAUCAUUAGCAAUGCUGAAUACAGGAAAGGAAAAGGAGAAAUGAAUAAAGAACCAGCUGUAAUCGGAAGGCCGGAUUUUGAGCAUGCUGUGGAAGCUUCUAAACUUUCUAGUCAAGUUAAAUACAGAGAAAAAUUUGAUAAUGAAAUGAAGAAACACCAAUAUAAUCCUCUUGAAAGUGCCUCUUUCAGGCAAAGUCAGUUUGCAGCUACCCUUGCAAGUGAUGUGCAGUACAAGAAAGAUGCUCAGAUGAUGCAUGAUCCAGUUUCAUAUCUCCCAAGCCUAUUUUUAGACCAUGCUUUGAAAACCAGCAAAAUGCUCAGUGAUCGUGAAUAUAAGAAGAUGUUUGAAGAAAGUAAAGGAAGUUAUCAUUUUGAAAUCGACACAGCUGAACACCUCCAUCAUAAAGGCAACACAGAACUCCAGAGUCAGGUUAAGUACAAAGAAGACUAUGAAAAAGCAAAAGGAAAGUCAUUGCUUGAAUUUGUGGACACUCCAUCUUACCAGGCUUCGAAGGAGGCCCAAAAAAUGCAAAGUGAGAAAAUUUAUCGAAAGGAUUUUGAAAAAGCAAUCAAAGGAAGGCCAUCAAUGGAUUUAGACAAGACUCCAGAAUUUUUGCAUGUAAAAUAUGUAACAAAUCUCCUCAAAGAGAAAGAAUAUAGAAAGGAUUUGGAAAAUGAAAUAAAGGGGAAAGGAAUGGAACUUAGUUCAGAGAUUCCUGACAUUCAAAGAGCGAAAAGAGCAUCUGAGAUGGCAAGUGAGAAAGAGUACAAGAAAGAUCUGGAAACUGAAAUUAAAGGUAGAGGAAUGCAAAUUAGCACAGACACCCUUGACAUACAACGAGCCAAAAAAGCUUCUGAAAUCUCAAGCCAGAAAGAAUAUAAAAGAGACCUGGAGACAGAAAUUAAAGGCAAAGGGAUGCAGGUGGGCACGGAUACUCUCGAUAUCCAAAGAGCUAAAAAAGCAUCCGAAAUGGCAAGCCAGAAAGAAUACAAGAGAGACCUGGAAAAUGAAAUUAAAGGAAAGGGAAUGCAAGUGAGUAUGGAUAUCCCGGAUAUGCUACGAGCCAAGAGAGCAUCUGAAAUCUACAGCCAGAAAAAAUACAAAAAUGAAGCAGAGAAGAUGCUGAUUAACUAUUCAACAGUGGCAGAUACUCCUGAAAUACAGAGAAUCAAGGAAGCCCAAAAAAAUAUCAGCAUGGUGUUUUAUAAGAAAGAAGUAGGAGCUGGCACAGCUGUAAAAGAGACCCCAGAGAUUGAGCGAGUCAAGAAAAAUCAGCAGAAUAUUAGUUCAGUAAAAUAUAAAGAAGAGAUAAAGCAAGCAACAACUAUUUCAGACCUUCCAGAGCUAAAAAGAGUUAAAGAAAACCAGAAGAACAUCAGCAAUCUGCAAUAUAGAGAACAGAACUACAAAGCUACUCCUGUUUGCAUGACUCCUGAAAUUGAGAGGGUGAAGAAGAACCAAGAGCAUCUCAGCUUGGUGAAAUACAGAGGAGAAAUCAAAUGUGCCACACCCAUUUCUGACCCACCAGAACUGAAGAGAGUUAAAGAAAACCAAAAGAACAUCAGCAAUGUUCAUUAUAAGGGACAACUAGGCAAAGCAACUGCCAUAAGUGUCACACCAGAGAUAGAAAGAGUCAAGAGGAAUCAAGAAAAUAUUAGCUCGGUUAAAUAUACCCAGGAUCAGAAACAUAUGAAAGGUAGACCAAGUUUGCUUGUGGAUACUCCUGAACUGAGGCAUGUUAAAGAAACUCAAAAUAAUAUUUCUAUGGUAAAAUAUCACGAAGACUUUGAGAAGACGAAGGGCAGAGGUUUUACUCCAGUUGUAGAUGACCCGGUGACAGAGAGGGUGCGGAAGAAUACCCAGGUUGUCAGUGAUGCUGCUUACAAAGGUAUACACCCACAGAUUGUGGAAAUGGAUCGGCGGCCUGGAAUCAUUGUGGACCUUAAAGUUUGGCGUACUGAUCCUGGCUCUAUCUUCGACAUUGAUCCGUUGGAAGACAAUAUUCAAUCUAGGAGUCUACAUAUGCUUUCUGAAAAGGCAAGUCUCUACAGUAGACAUCGAUCUCAUUCUACCAGUACCCUUGGUGUAGGACUAGGGGAUGACAAGUCAGAAAUCUCUGGGACAAACCCUAGCUUUUCCUUCUGCAGUGAGAUAACAAGACCAUCUGAUGAAGGAGGAGCCCCUGUACUUCCUGGGGCCUACCAACAAAGCCAAUCCCAAGGCUACGGGUAUAUGCAUCAGACCAGUGUGUCAUCCAUGAGAUCAAUGCAGCACUCGCCAAAUCUGAGGACCUAUCGUGCGAUGUAUGAUUACAGUGCUCAAGAUGAAGAUGAAGUUUCCUUCAGGGAUGGUGACUAUAUUGUCAACGUGCAACCCAUCGAUGAUGGAUGGAUGUACGGCACUGUGCAGAGAACUGGGAAAACUGGAAUGCUUCCAGCCAACUACAUUGAGUUUGUUAACUAAUUCUUUCUUUUCCUUCCCUUUUGAGCUUUAUUCUGAUAUAUUCUAAAAUCUAACCUUUUUAAAAAAGAUGGAAAAUACUUUUAAGAUCACUUAUUAGCUAUUUUAUCACUGAGAUGAGUCAGCCCUUAAAUUGAAAAAUAGACACACAGGUCCCAGGAAGAAAGAAUGGGCUUUCAGCCAAAAGCAGUCAGUCAUUCCAAAACCCAACCAAGUUAAUAGUGACUGGAUAUCUAGUGCUAUUAACUGUGUUAAUGAUUUCCUCUGAUUGGCUCCUGAUCCCUUGUGUAAAAUGUGCUUUUCUGGUGUUGAAAAGAGGCCUUGCUUUUCCCUCUAAUCAGAAAAGUAAAAGAAACUUCUUAGCUGUCACUCUAGCAUCAUGAGAGAUCCAGUCCAUUAACGUAAUAAUAGCACAUCCAGUAAUCUCUGAGCUGUUUAAAUUUAGGCUCAUAAGGCAGGUAUCAAAUCAAGUUGUAAUCAUUCAGUUGGGUAUUUUUAAGGACUGGCAGAGAAUAGUUUGGUUAAAAUCACAUUGUCUUAUCCAGUAGCCAUAGGGGUAAAGAAAAUUCUGCUCACACAAUAAAAAAGAUUCUCAUAUUCCUCAGCACAAUGGCAUCUGUGGUCUCCAUAUGCAUUCCCAGGUGUACCCCUCUCCUCCACUUAUAUUUGAUAGGGCCAACUGAUUAAGACUCUCUUUCUGCUUUCUAUUAUUUACCCUCUAAAUGUAUUCAGGGAAAGGAAUAUAAUAUUUGCUUGGCCUCAUAAAAUAUCAAGGCCAAAUAACUCUAUAGCUAUUCUACAAAGACCUAAAUUCAAAUGCUGCUUAUUUUCCUUCUCUAAUCUUCUUUACCCUGAUUACCCCAGGCAGGCUUAAGCUUAUGUACCAUAUGCAGUUUUACUGCAUAGCCCAUAACCAUGUUUAUUCCUGUCAUAACAGCCAAGUACAUAGCUGAUUAAAAAACACCCUGUUUGCCAGCUCAUCAGAAAAAAUACAUUUUAAAAAGUUGCUUGAGAUUAUUCUGCUGUGCUGCAUUCUAAUUUUGAAGAAGUUAAAACCUUAGGAAAUAGAUUUAUAUUCUAGUACAUAAAUAAUUUAGAUAUUCCUUGAGCAGUUUUCACUUACAUGCUUCUAUAUUAAGGGGAAAAAAGACUAACAGGAUCCAGUUGAAUUUGAAAAGUUGAAUUUGAAUAAACCGUAUUGAAAAUUGCAAAAAAAAAAUUAAUGGAAAGACAGAUUCUGUUUAGCAUAUAAUAAAUGAGUAGUUCUCAUUUGGUGUCUGGCAUGAAAAUUCAGCAACCUAAACUGGUUACAUAAAAAAAUUCUCUUUCUACAUUGUAUUAUAUAUCUCCUUUAGAUCUAAAUCUGGAUGGUAUGUGUAUGGGAAAAUAGGAAAUUCAUUAGAGUUUUUCAACAUAGACACAAUGAGUUGCUCAUUAGCUGAGGAGAGCUCAUGAAGAGUUGUUUUUUUCCCACAGAGAAUGAGUAGAAACUCCCAUCAAAUUAGUCCUACUCUUACCUGGGGGUCACUGUGUCAUGAAUUCAAAAGCUGAAUGGAGGAGAAAAGGUGUGGAUACACCCAUAUUAUUUUUUCCUGAUUUUGUAAUUUAUUGUCAUCUGAAGUGAGAUUAUGCACAAAGGACAUCUGGAUUUUUUUUGUACAAGUACAGAGCUUUGUUUAAUGCUUCUUUUUUAAACUUUCCAAAUAUUUAGUAAAAUUUACAUUACUUAGAGAGAUUAUCUUUAGCACAGAAUGUAAUGAAAAAGUUAAAGUAACCAUAAGCCUGAAACAAAUAUCUUGCAAAAAAAUCUUGUGGGGCCAAAGCUGUCCAUCAAUACUGUAUACCUUUGAAGAUCUGUUAUUGUCUUACUUUGGGGAGGAGGUGGAACUAAGAAAUCAAUAAGCUAUAUUACAAUCAAAUCAUGUUUACAUGAUAUCACUAAGACCUGAAAAGUGAAAAUUUCAGUCAAUCAGGCUUAUUUUGAAUGGGGGUUGGGGUGAUAAUAACAUUAUUUAAUAAUGGAUUUGACUUUUUCUUCAUCAUUGAUUUGGAAAGUUAUUUAACAGAAUCAAUGUAAUUAACUAGCUGUUUGGGGGGUUAUUAAGAAACAGACUAAGGAAAACCUAAAUAUGUAAUUGAAUGGAAGAAUAUUCUUUGACAAAAACCUAAUUUAAAGGCAAUAAGCCUUUUCACUUCCAUUUGAUUUUUACGUAAAUUUGUAAGUUUCAAGGCACAAAUUAGGCCAUUUUCUGUGAUAAGGUUAAAAAAAAGCAUUUGGUGAUUGCAAUUUCAAAAUAAGUAUAAGAUGGCUAUAAUUUUUACAAACCCCAUAUAUAGGAUAUUCAUGGAAAACUGAAUUUGUGAUAAUUAGAAUCAGGACUACAAUGUGGAAACAAUAUUUUAUAUUUAUUUUGUGGUGUCAAAACUCAAAUUUAGAAAAUCUAUGUCCACAUAGUGUUCUAUUUCUGAGCUUCAUAUAGGAUCUAUACAUCAAUCAAGAUACUUAUGCUUCAUAUAGUACCAACCAGCAGUAGUUAAUUAAGAGGCAAGCUUCAACAUUGAACUAAUUGGCAGUGUUGUAGAUGAAGAACAACAAGAUAAUGUGUACUCUGAAGAUCACAAUUCAUUAUGGUUGUUCAUGGGUUCAUAAUCUUGUUUUGUUGCUAAGUAUCUCUGAAAUAGCAGGAACACUGGAAACAUAUCUUGUACCAAAGCACCAUUUCUACAGGAUCAUGGUUUUAAAAAAAAGUACAUUCUAUGUGUUCUUAUCUCAUUCUUUAUUAUAUGGUGGCAACACCUCCUACCCCAUCCUAAUCCAGCUUGUCGACAUCUCUCUCAUAAAACGCUGACAGCAAAAGAUCAAAGUUAAGAAUUUAAAUUUGUUUCGUCAAGUCAAAGGGACUGCACCAUACCAAAAAAGCAAAAUAGAAAGGAUGAAUGUCCUUGUCUUUCUAAUCAUGAUAUGUUUGCAAGAGUGCUAAAAGCAACUAAGCCAGUUUGAUUCAUUUUUAAAGAUUUCCAAGAAAAACAGCAAGAAGAACAAACAUUCAAAACUGUGUGUGAAUCAUUUUUCUCUUGAGAGUGAUGUUAAUGAAAAUGUAUUUCUUCUGUUGUAAGGUUUUGUAGUACACAUUUUUACUAAUUCUUAUCUAGGAAAGCUUUCUAUUUUUAACCUGUGGUAAACUGAAUUCUUCUUUGUCAUCUUGUUAUCAUCAACUCUAAUGAGCAGCAUAAUCAGUUUGUGGUAUUGGGAUCCAUAUCUCAUGUCUCAUUGAGCUCAGAACAUACAAAAAGUAUGUAAGCACAAUUCUCAGAACCCAUCUUGUGUAGACCUACUAUUUUAGCAGGUCUUUACUCAACCUCUGUUUUUGUUUUUCUCAUCAAUUAAGUGAAGUGACAAACUUUAAAAAAAAAAGUGUAUUAUAUUGCUUGUUUUUUUUUUAAACCACGACUAAAUCUGUCUUUGUUGUGCUUCAAUGCAUUCCAAGGAUUGGAAAAAGUUCCUUCUCAAAGAGGCAAUGGAAUGACUAAAAUUGCCCCUCUAUUUUAAGUUCAUUCACAUCCACUGACAUGUUUUAAGUGCAAAGAUAAUUUGUUAUCCUUUAAAUGUGUGUUACCCUUUAAAACACACAUGUAUAAAGAUAGAGAGAGAAAAUAAGAUUUUAUUGCAUAUUUAAUAAAAUCGGGUGCCUUGUUGCUUACUCCCUUUUGUCCACAUGGCCUUUGAAAGAAAACAAGCAAGUUUCUGUUGCCAAUUCUUCAGGAAAGCUCAUAUCAUAUAUGAUUUGUAUUUUUAGGAAUUGGGAAGCUGUUAAGAAAAGAGAGCUAUCUUUGCCAUUCAACCAUAUUAGAAUGAAUCAAUAAUUGCAUUUCACUUUCAGAAGAUUCAAACUCAUAAAAAAGAGCAUUUAAAAACUUCCAUUUUUUUUUCUUGAGAGUUCCUUGGGGAAUCAAAAUAUCUAUAGUUCUUUAUAACACAAAGGUUAAAUUUAGAUUUGGGGAUUUUUAGUAUCUCCCAGACAAAAGAAUUAUGAAGCACAGGCAUUUGGCAGAAUUAACAGCAGGAGAAGAAAAUUAUUUUGUUAGCUCAUUGCUUAUUCAACUGUUUGCCUCUAAGAAUCUAAAACCUGUAGAAAUAGAUAGACGUAUAAAUGUUGCUACAUUAUGACUGUCCUGAGUCACAUGAAGUAUUGAAACAAAAAACUUUAGUUAAGUAUUGUCUUAGUAGUAAAAUGUAUUAAUUAGGUUUAAAAUGCUAAACGAAAGUAGUUCUUUGAAGUACUCUAUGCCCUUCAGGGCUCUUUGUAAGCAACUGCCAACUACAGGUGACCUAAAAAGCUAAGACUUUAGAUAAGCUGUAGCAAUUAUUCCAAGAUGCUUUCUACAGGAACUCCACGCCACAAGUCAGAAAGAAGCCUCAGGACCAUCUGCUCUCCCUCAAACUCUGUGAUUCACUUCAAUAUAUUUGUGGGGAUUUCACAUGUUUUUUUUGUGUCUGAUAUACAAUAUACAGUUUGCAUACUAGACUUAAGUUGUAAUCCAUUUGCUGUUGAGAAUGAAUUGUUUUGGAAGAUGAAAGGGUAUUGCAUGACAAUCAUUUGCUUGGGUUUUGCACUGGAUGGGUUUCUGGACCAUCAGAAAAUAGCACUGAAUGUACUGUUGACAUAAUGUAGAAAUUAUAAGCUGUUGGUUUUUGCCAUGUGAUAUUAAAAAAUUAGUAAAAAGGAACUGGGCAGUUUGGCUUAUAUUUGCUUAAAAUUAUGAUUGUUAUGUUGCUUUUUUUUUCUUCCAAAAACUGUAUUUGCUUAAAAGGUAUAUAGUUAAGAAGGAAACAAUGUUUAUUGAAUGGAGGGACUUACAGAAUGAUGUCACAUGUGGACAUAAUUUGACCUUUGUCAUGCAGAUUGUUAACACCAGCUAUUAAAAUAUAUUUUAGUAGAAAUGUUUUAAUUCACGUUCUUUUCCCUUGACACUGUGAAUCUUAAAACCCUGAUGGACUACAACAUCGUCAUGCUAACCCAAAUACUAACCUAUGCAAACUAGAUCACGUUUCAUUUGAUGUCACAGUGAAUGUAAUAUGGUAUUUUUUUCCCUGCCUAAUAUGCAAUGGCAUUAAAAACAAAUGGUUGAGUCUCACA